AUGGAGACACCAGCUCACAUCCUCACAGCCACCAUUGACCUCGAGAGCCGCAAGACCCGCGAGGAAAAACGCGCCGAGCUCGCACAGGCCCAAGCAAGUCCCAACCUCCGGCGUAUAGAAGCCACCAAGAAGCGCGGAUGUCAGAAAAAGUCCAUCCAGCUCAUCGAACAGAUAGCCCGCUACCUUCAAGCAAAGGAGAUCCCCAACCAAGAGAUCUUCUGCGGCUGCCGGGUUACCGACGGUAUACCCAUGUGGCAGGUCUACGUCAUGUACGGCCAGCCAGACAUGACCGAGGCCACGCGCGCUGAGAUUCGGGAAGCACUGAUCGCUCUCUUCUUUGCUAAACCGGAUAGAGACGAGUUUGUCUACAAGUCGCCUGCAGAUGUCCCGUUUACGCUGAUCAUGGACUGGAAAUACUCUACCGAUUGGGAACACAUGACCAGGCUUGAGAUCUUUGACGGGGCGAUCUUUGUCACGCAGGUUGAUGGGAAGGCGGAUAUGAGGGAGAUGUUUGCGUAUGCAAGUGCCGCGCAUAAGCACUCGGCUCUUAUGUCGUCUGUCAUGAGAUUUGCUGACGCUUUUCCGGUCGGGGAGCAGGAGCGUAAAGGGUUGAGUUUGGAUGAGGCGCUGGAGAGGAUCAAGGCCCCGAGUGCGGAAAAUGCCACUGGUUGA